UCAAUUUCUGAAUAACCAAUCAAAUUGGUCGUUCUAUACCUUUCCAAAGAAUGGCGACCGAUGCUAGGAAUGGGUUUUUAGAUCAAAUUAAGUCAACCAUAGAUUACUGCGUUCGAGUCGGGAGUGCAGAGUCCAUAGAAUUGUCCACAAGAAAAAAUAUUCAAGACAGACUCAAAAUACUGAAGAAUGGUGUUAGAAGAGGUGGUGAGCACUUGUCUGAUAACGAAAUCGUUAUGAUAUUAGCGUCAAUUACUGAAUUAGGUGAAACAUUGGACCAAGUAGAAGCCAACGACGAAGAUGAUACUUCAAAUAAGGGUUACAGGCCACCAAAACAAGAAUCAAGAAAGGGUUCACCAGCCUUUGAAAUAACUGCCGGUCAACUUCAAUUUUUAACUAAAUAUGGAAUAAGUGCAAGCAAAAUUGCAGAAACAUUUCAUGUAUCUGAAUCAACAAUACGUCGUAGACUAAGAUCUUUUAAUAUCAAAUUACGUGAGGGGAAAUACGACAGUAUAUCAGAUGAGGAGCUGUGUGAAAAAGUGAAAGAUACUAUAGGCACCAACAGAAAAAUUGGACCAAACUCGAUAUUACAGAGACUUAAGUAUAAUGGAAUUACAGUUCAAAGGAGAAGAGUGCGACAGGCAUGUAACUCAGUUGAUCCAUUUGGUUGUGCAACGAGGUCAUUGAGCAGACGAAAUAUUCAGCGACGAACAUACAGGGUCCCAUCUCCGAAUUCACUAUGGCACAUAGAUGGGAACCAUAAACUUGUCAGGUGGGGCAUCUACAUUCAUGGAGCAAUAGACGGAUUUAGCAGAGUUGUAACAUUUUUGUAUGCCAGUACUAAUAACAAGUCAGCAACAGUUCUUAGCUUGUUUAAACAAGCAGUCAGUGAAUAUGGCGUCCCGUCCCCUCUCGCAUUCGUGUUGACAAGGGUGUGGAAAACGAAGAUGUAUGCAAGUUUAUGGAGGAAUACAGAGGGCGUGACCGAGGCAGUGCGAUCAAGGGCAAAAGUUGCCAUAAUGUGCGCAUUGAGAGAUAUUGGGUCGAAGUCUGGAAUAAUGUUGUAAGUGAAUAUUACGAUUUGUUCACUUAUUUAGAGUAUCGUGGUGUGUUAGAUAUUACAGACGAAGAUGAUAUCAAAAUCUUACAAUUCGUCUUCCUACCAAGAUUAAACUAUUCUCUAGAGCAAAACAGAUUUCAAAACAAUAACCACGGAUUGUCAACUGAAAAUCAUAGAAGUCCCAAUGCACUUUUUGUAACAGGAAUUCUAAACAACAUGAACUCAGACUGCAUCGCUUUACGCGAUUUGAUAUCUGAACCAAAUGCAAGUGCUGUAAAUGAAAAUGAACCACAACAAAUACGAGAUGAAACUCAUGAAGGUGAUGAAAUUUUCAGCACACUGAGAACAGAGCUACUUGUAACAGAAGACCUGAAUAACGUGCCCCAUGGUGGCGAUUUGUACGUACGGGCAAAGCAAAUCU